UCCCGCCAAAACAGCGUGUUUUUUUCCUCGCGGAGAGCGUUGGACCAAUCGCAGUCGCAAUCGCCAUUUCGCCAUGAGCGGAGAGAUGAUGAAGAACGGGAAGAUUCAACAGAGAUUUACGGGUUUUAGCGGUUUCUCUAAAAUAUUGUCUCUCUAUUUCCCUAACAUCGAUUUCUCUCUCGAUGACUCCAAGUUCAAAGUCCGCCUCUCCUCUCAGCUUGCUCGCUUCUUCUCUUCUCCUUCCGGCGAACACUUCGUUUCUCAGGUGAAGGAGGUUGAUGGCACGUUCUCAUUGCCACUGGACUUUCUCCAGUUCCGUAAACUUUCUGAACUACAGGAAUUUUGUGCAAUUUUAGAGAGUAAACCUAAAGAUGCUCUGUUGUGUAUGAGUGCUUCAUUACACAAGCAGGUUUUCUUUGAGAAAUUGGGAGAUGAAAAUUUUGAUGAUUUUGUGAAGAUAAAUAUCCGUCUCCACAACUACCCUGAAUCAGUGAUUGCAUUGAAGAACCUAAAAGCUGCUUAUAUUGAUAGGCUUGUCUCUGUACGUGGUACAGUGGUAAAAGUCAGCACAGUCAAGCCUCUGGUGAUGCAAAUGGAUUUUGCCUGUACUAAAUGCGGAACCAGUAUUACUCGUGACUUUCCAGAUGGAAAAUUUUCACCUCCACCAACAUGUAAAUUGCAUGGUUGCAAAUGCAGGACUUUUAAUCCCAUAAGGUCUACAGCUCGAGUUAUAGACUUUCAGAAAAUAAGAAUUCAGGAGCUGCUGAAAUCUGAAAAUCAUGAAGAGGGGCGGGUACCUCGAACUGUUGAAUGUGAACUAACUGAAGAUCUUGUGGAUGCAUGCAUCCCUGGAGAUAUUGUGACUGUCACUGGCAUAAUUAGGGUUAUUAACAACUACAUGGAUAUUGGAGGAGGAAAGUCAAAAAGCAAGAAUCAAGGACUUCAUUAUUUGUAUCUAGAAGUAGUUUCUAUUACAAACUCGAAGUCUCAAUCAACACUCGAGGGUUCACAAGAUAAUUCUAAUGCUAGAUCUACAGAGCUUUUUGAUUUAUUCUCAUUCACUUCAAAGGAUUUGGAGUUUAUUGUUAAAUUUUCUGAAGAAUAUGGUUCUGAUGUCUUCCGACAAGUACUUCAAUCUAUUUGUCCCUCGAUCUAUGGUCACGAGCUCGUUAAAGCGGGAAUUACAUUAGCUUUAUUUGGGGGUGUGAGGAAGCAUUCAAUGGAUCAGAAUAAGGUUCCCGUGAGAGGAGAUAUCCACAUAAUAAUUGUCGGUGAUCCUGGAUUGGGUAAAAGUCAACUACUUCAAGCGGCAGCUUCCAUUUCUCCUCGUGGCCUAUACAUUUGUGGUAAUGCAACAACCAAUGCUGGCCUUACUGUUGCUGUUGUCAAGGAUCCUUUGACCGGUGACUAUGCGUUUGAAGCAGGUGCUAUGGUUCUUGCAGAUCGUGGAUUAUGUUGCAUUGACGAGUUUGACAAAAUGUCUGCAGAACAUCAGGCCCUAUUAGAGGCUAUGGAACAACAGUGCGUCUCUGUUGCAAAGGCGGGACUUGUUGCAAGUUUGCCAGCACGAACAUCUGUUUUAGCAGCAGCGAACCCUGUCGGUGGCCACUACAACCGUGCGAAAACUGUGAACGAGAACUUGAAGAUGAGUGGUGCUUUGCUUUCACGAUUUGAUUUGGUUUUCAUAUUACUUGAUAAACCUGAUGAAGUGCUGGACAAGCGACUCUCUGAGCACAUUAUGUCACUUCAUGCAAAAAGUGUAGAGCAGCCACCAAGCACGAAACGGUUAUGUACAGCGUUGCUGGAUGUUAGAGAAAUUGACAUGAAUGCAAAGCAGGGUUCUUUAGUUGCAAAACUGAAACUUGACCCUAAGAAAGACAGCGAUUUUGUUCCAUUGCCUGGCCCCCUUCUGCGUAAAUACAUUGCUUAUGCAAGAACUUAUAUAUUUCCUAGGAUGACAAAACCAGCAGCAGAAAUCUUGCAGAAGUUUUACUUGAAGUUGAGGGAUCAUAAUACGUCUGCUGAUGGUACACCAAUAACAGCAAGGCAAUUAGAAAGCUUAGUAAGGUUGGCACAAGCUCGAGCUAGAGUGGAUCUAAGAGAAGAGAUAACUGAGCAAGAUGCUCUGGAUGUUGUGGAAAUAAUGAAUGAAUCAUUGUAUGAUAAGUAUGUUGACGAGCAUGGUUUUGUGGAUUUUGGACGGAGUGGGGGAAUGAGUCAACAGAAAGAAGCAAAGCGGUUUUUGAGUGAAUUGCAUAAGCAGUCAGAAUCACAGCAAAAGGAUUGCUUUUCAAUUUCAGAAAUAUAUAGUCUGGCAGAUCGGAUUGCACUAAACGUUCCAGAUAUUGACACACUUGUGGAUAAUCUAAAUACUGUUGGUCAUUUACUAAAGAAGGGUAACAAGACAUAUCAGGUGGUAUCAUCAUCUUAUUCACAAACAUCAAGGUCAAGAAGAUAGUCGAAUAACACUAACACAAAGGGGACAACUGAAAUCAUGUCUUCUUGUUUCUUUUCCAGAAGUUGUACGUAAUUAUUUACACUAGUUUAUGGAAAAAGCGUCAUGCCUUUUUUGCUUCUUAAUGUGUUAAUUUGUUCUUUUCAUGUGAAUAGUUCUAGCUAUGCGACCUUCAGGUGAUUCUGAAGAAAUUAACACAUA